AUGGAUAAGUGAGUCAAGAAGUUUGCCUUCUUGAGAGGGAAUAUCGGAGAUGUUCCCGUCGAAUAAUUUUCCAGGAAAUGAGAGCAAAAUACUGAACUUUAGCAUAAAAUCAUUGCAGUUGUGAAGUGCCGACAGAUAAAUUUGCCUAUCAGUUACAACGGGUGACAACUGAGUAGUACUGCCCUCUGACUUGGAUCUAAUUCAGCCACUCCUGGGCGCAGAGGUCGACCUGUGACUUUUGCCCUGAUCUUGUCUCGAGGUAAGUUACAAUAAAGUAAACUUCUGACAGACUACGGGACUGAAUUUCAGCAAGAAGCUAACGGUGGGAAAAAAGAAAAUGUACACAGAGAGAAAUCGAAUUUUGAAAAUGCGAAUUGCAGAAUGCAGCUUGUGGUCAGCAAGCACAGGCUAUCAAAAAUCAAAAAGGAAAUGGCAACCGGUGACUCUGAGAGAAUAAGCCUGUAUUGAAGGGAGUUUAAUAAAAAAACAGGGGCUAAAAUCGUUAAACCUCUUAGAAAAACCACUUAAAUAAUAUCGUCAACUUAUCUUCAAGUUUAAAACCAGUGACUUGACCACGAUCUUCUCAUAAGUAAAGAGAGUUUGUGCUUUAGCUGAAGACCAAGGUACAGGUUGAAUCCUAUAUUCUUCUGGUACUGCCCUUGCAUCGGUAGACGAACAUAAUUUUUCAAGAUAGUCUUUGGAAAGAUUCAGCUGGGCAGCGUCCGCACGUCUGAUAGACCCAGCAUGAAAAAUAUUGUUCCGUGGAUUACGUCCUCGAAAUUGUCUUUGCGUCAGAGAUGCUCUUUUAGAGAAAUAUUUGGCUUCUGAGCUGCUUAGCUUUAGAAAAUCAUCCGAUUUUUCCUUUCUGGAAAAGCGAAAUGCUUAACGAUCAUCUGUAGAAGGAGACACCCAAACUCGACAAUAGUUUCCUUCAAAAUCCGCAGUAAUUGGCGAUACGUGAUUCAGUAGUCUCCAAUUCGAUAACGCAUUGCUUAAACUUCGGGAAUGUUCGAUAUUAAAAAUAUUUUGAUUCUUGAAUUGGGGCACAAACUGUCGUUGACCACUACCAGUAAUCACUCGCAUGAGUCAUGCACACUUUACUUUUCAUCUGCAAGUCCAAGCUAGUGCAGUUCGAUGUAUGGUAACCUGAUUUACGAGCAGCAGUUAAGGAUUCUCGUCAAAGCUUUGUAAUUGUUUAAGAGGUUAACUCAGACAGAUAUUAACUUUGACGUUUACUCUUUACUUCUGACUUUACUAAGGUUGCUAAAUUCGUUACUAACGCUCCUGAAGGAUGGGCGACUCGUUUGCUAUCUCUUGUUUGCGAAGAGACCGACGUUUCUCUGCCAACCGUACUAUGAGUCCAGAUUUCGUCCAAUAAGUUUUUAAGUUCGCGAUUUUAUCUACUCUGGUACAAAGGAUUCCGCACUCGUCCGGUAGGUAGGGUCUAAAUUUUAUUAUGCCCAUUUUCCAACGCAUCGAAUGUCACCUAACAUGAAAUAUUAGCCUAGGUAUUAGGUUUAACACUCCUUCACCCUGUCUAUACAUUCCGCUUACAGCGUGUUCUCUUCUCGGAUCAUUGGUUUUCCGCCCGGCUCGUAAUCCAACCGAGGAAAGGUUUACCUCGAAACCAUAAUCGAGUGAUUUUGGGACUUAGCUAUCAAUAAAUGAUUUAGGCCCCAUACAUAAUGCAAAACUAUUUUAGUUAAGACCUAUUAAAUGUCAGUUACAACAGUAUAUGAUGAACCAUUGUUUUAAAGAGGGUAUUUUUGAUGGCCUUAACUAUAAUGGCUUUCGAAAAUUAAAAAGUACACCGAACUCGUCAGGGAUACACAUCUUACUAAACAGGAAUCUCCGUGUAUACUGAAUUCGCCCCUUUUCAGUUUUCGGUAUCGAGUUCAGGUCGGAGUAUUAUUCAGAGGCAGUGCGAUAAAGGUCUUUUGAGAAACUAAAACGUUUUUUCUUAUUCCCGCUCAGGAAAUUGACUGUUUGUUUAGAUUAACCAAUUUUAGUAUUCCCAACCGCAAUGUAAUCAGUGCGUUUAUGAAAACAAUGCAACUGUGACCAAAAAGACUCAAUAGGUGUUAAUUAAAUUUUAAUAUAUUGAAAUAAUACUUUGGUCAUAAGGGUUUCAACAGUAAUGACAGAACUUACUUGAACCUCAAAUCAGAGACCUACAGAUGUUGAUAGUGGAAGGUUAAACAGAAAAAAGGUGCGAUAUAUAUCAAUAUAGGCCUGCAGGACAAUAUAUAAGCCUGAACUUUAUUUCAGAUUACAUCUCGAUAAAUGAAAGUUGUAUCAAAUACACCAUUAGAAUAACUAGCAGAAAUAAAAUGUACGUAAUAAACACCACGACGCAAUAAAAAUCUCGUUUAGCUUCUUAUUGAGGAUCUUUACUGUUUACUUAAGAGUCUAAACGUAAUUUUUUAAAGGUAAUCACGGUAAAUAGGAAGUUCGAUGAGGUAAAACUGUCCUAUUUUCGAAGACUUAAAGAGACUACUACAAUAUCCUAGGACUCAAAAUCUUUAUGUGAUUACGGAAAAAGCUUUUUCCGCAAUCACAUUAACAUUUCGAGUCGUUCCUACCACGUUUCCAUGAAUCGCGUGUAAAAACAAAGGGUAAAAAUUAAAAAUGGCAAAAAACUAUUCAAAUUUUAACUAUCUCAAAUAUGCACGUUUUACACGAUUACCUCGGUUGUUAUGCAUAUACCUUCAGAUAAUGGUUUUGAACGAUGAAGUUCGUUUUACAAAUUCGAGUCUAAAAAGUCGUCCUGAAUAUUCAUAAGCCACGCAAUUCAGCAGAAUAAAUUUUUCGUUUCCCUGUAGAUGUUCCUGGGAAAUAACAGCGCGCUGUUAUUUCCCAGGAACUUGUAGUCCGCAGUAAAGAAACGGUUUUAAUUUUUCGACUCAAAGCCAACUUAAAAGGAUUGCAUUAUAUUAAAACUCGUUCACCGAAUAUGGGAUGCACUCAUGUUUACUGCGCAUAUAAAAAGCAAAUGAACCAAAAUCGGCAGAACGAAUUUCUGCGUAUACACUGAACAUUUAGUAAACAAACAGUCACAGUCAGAUUAGAGUCGAGUAUUGAGCUCUUUGAGGCUCAAUUGGCAAAUAAACAGUUCAUUACAACUAUUAUAGUAUAACGAAGGCAAUUGGAUCCUCAGAUGUCUAGCAAAAAGGAAUACUUUUAGCCACUGUAUCUAGACGCUUUUGUCAUUUUGAGCUUUCGAAAAGAAAAUGCAGAUAUAAACACUAUUUUUAGAACCACUUGAAGAUCGUCUAAGAAUGCCUUUAACCCUUUUAAACAAUGAUAGCUAAAGAUCAAGACAGUGCUUUUAAAAAAAUGCAAAUACAUCCUCUAACUCAUACAAACAUUGACUUACCCGCGAAAAAAUCAAAAAACAAACUUGAGAUAUUUAAGCUUUACUUAAUUUUAUAGAUGUCAAUGAACAGUUCGCUGUUGUGGAUACCUUAAAUUAUAAAUCUAUUGUUGUUCCCCUUUCGCCUAUUUUUUAAAGACUUUACCGAGAAGAAGAAAACGAAUGCUAUAAAAAACCCAAUGUGUUUGGUAUCUCCCAUGUUUGCCUAUUUGGAUGACCAUUCUCAAUAAUUUUUGCGUUCUUUUUAGUAAAAUGUCUUUGUUUUUUCUGCAUGCACAAAUCACGUUGCAGGUUGCAUAUGCAAUACGCGCCGAGUAUAUAGAGUGCAAAUUGGAGAAAUAAUAUAGAUUUGAAUAAUAUUUUAUUGAUCUGAAAAAUUGUCGAGUAUGUAAAUCGCAAAUUAUGGAUAUUUUAUGUAUCUGUUUUUUUCUGCAUAAAUCUCUAUUAACCUAGCCUGACAUCUCAGUUGUUACUAAAAUAAAAACUGCACGGCAUCAGUUAGUGCGUUUACACCAAAACUUUCAACGGAUCUUUAUACGUUAAAAAUACGUACUGCUACCUAUAAAUUGUUUAAACUUAUUUGCCGACGGGCUUAGUCUGAUUGGGCCAUAUGCAAAUAGGACGUUUGCAUUUAUACAGAUUUAAAAGCUCGCCCUACCAAAAAUAAGGAAAUCACUGAAUGUUUAAUGACCUUAGCCAGCGGCUGAAUUUUGCACUUUGAGCCUAUGCCAGUACGACUUUAUGCAAGUGUACCUGCAUACAGAUAAAAAAAUAUUGCAAAUGCAUUUUGUUUAGUGCGGCAAGUUGGCGUUUGUGUUUUUAUUUAAAUAGUUAUCAAACCAUGCCUUUAAAUAAACAGAUAUCUAGUAAAAGUCACAAUAACUUAUGUACACUUAGAUCACGCUGGUUGCCUGAAAUGCCACCAAAGCAAAAAGGAAGCGCUACAGGAAAGUCCAAAAAGAAAUCCAAGACUUCUGGUGAUGACUUGGUUACUAAGGAGCUUGCACAGACGAAAAGACAUGCAACUGAAUUGCAAAUGCAGAUAAAUCAAGAGCGAAUGAAGACCAUGCAGGCUCAGACGAGCUGUGAAAAUGCCUUAACUCGUCAGACAAAUUUAGAGGAGAAAGUUGCAUUUUCAACCGAAGAGGCCAGACAAGUUUCUGCUUUCAUGGCUCUGCAACAAGAAAAAACCACACAAAAGUUCAUUGAGAAGAACAGAGAACUCAUCGCACUGAAUGCAAAACUAACAGAGGAGAGAGACCGUCUGAAAGAGGAGUUAGAGUCAACGAGAAUAACUGCUAAAACAGCCUUGGAGGCGAAGGAGGCGGAAGUCAAACAGUGUAGAGAUGCUAUGACCGAAUCGCGUCUGCGUUACGAAGGCCUGCUUGUCGACUUUGCUUCAAAACUGUCCGAAAGCCUUGUAAAUGAUUGGGACGCAGAACGCACAUUUGACACCGAACAAGAAAUUGAAACGUACAAAAGGCUGCUCGAUCUUGGUAUUCUUCCCCCCAACCUUUAG